AUGUCAGAUCAAACAACCUUAUCAUCUUUCGAUGAUUCGAUUUCCCAAAUCAAUAUAAACGCUACCACCACAACGACUCCUCCAAUGGGUGAAUUUUCAAAACAACCCAACCAGAGUCAAAUGUCAGACACCAUCCUGAACACUAACUCUGCCUCGAUUUUGUCCAAUGCAGCCAAUAUCAAUGACCAACUCUCUGGUCGUGACUUCAACUCAUUGCCAGGGGUCUUGAGUUCUUUGAACUUGGAUGACAAUCCAGUUUUUUCACCGAAAGUUAAAAACGCAGGUAAUCACCCUUCAACCCCCCCAAGUGAUUGGAAAGUUGCCAAUGCAUGGUCCAAUGCAAAUACUUCCAACUUCGGUGGCUUUUCAACCAUCCCCGAGUUUUCGUCGUUAUCUGCCGGUAAUCUGAACACAGCCGUCAAUAACAAUAGUCACCAACACUCUUCUUCCGGUUCCACCGCUUCUUAUACACGCGAUGAUACUACUAAGGAAGGGGUCAUGCAUAUCAACAAUCAAAGUUCUCCUUUCAACCCUUCUCAAAUCGGUGCUGCUUCUAAAAAUACUGGAACUGCUGCCACUUCUGCAACAACCAAUACUACUAAUGCUGAAAUCCAUAACAACAACAACAACGACAACAACGGUACUAGUAGUACCAACGCUGCCAAUAUUAACAACAAUACCAACAAUCAUCCCAUAACUUCCCGGAACAGCUCUUUCAUUAUGCCCGACAACCAGCUGGAUUCCUACUUAUUUGAGCACUCGAUUACAAACACACCGUCUUCGUCUUCGAUCUUAUCACCAAAUAAACACAGAAACCAAACUUUCUCAACCCCUAUUCUGGGCGAAACUUCGAGAAGAUUGAACUAUAAUUUGAGUUCUCCUAAUAAUCAACCGUCCCAGUUGAAUGAUUUCAAUGAUAACAAUGAUACUUCUAUUGGUGAUCUUUCACAGACUCAGGUAUCAUCUGCUUUGCAUCCUGCUUUGACAAAUGAUAUCUUAUCCGGAACUGUUGCAGGCGAAUCCCUGGGUAUGGGUAUAACCCCCACCAUGUCUGGCCCUGAACAAGGUCAAAUCAACCCAUCAUUCUUUGGCAACUAUAUUCCAAAUCAAUUUGGUUUCUUACAAUCUUCUGGUCCAUCGGCAAAGGUCCCCUCAAUGAAUGGUUUACAAAAUAAUAUGAUGAACCCAGGCUCUCCAGCUCUGAAUUUACUACCUAAUCAAAUCAACAUCAAUACCAAUCCUCAAAUUCGUCCCGUUUUCUUAAACUCUCCUUCGAUGAAUGGGAAUGGCCAGCAAAACUUUUUGGCUCAGAAUUAUCCCUAUGUUGACAAGCUGAACUCUAGACCUUUCCAAGAUAUGAACAAAAAUGUCAUGAACAAAGACCUCACCAACAAUAACCCAAAUCCAAAAGAUCCUGGUUUUGGUGUAAACAAUAACGGUACUCUCAAGACAAACAAUAUCAGCAAUAACUCAGCUAAUCACCGUAACAACUUGGGUUUGAAUUCGACUGCCAAUAUUCACAGAAAGCACACAUCAAAUAAUAAGCGUGGAGAAGAUGCUUCAAGAUUUGUUAAUGCCACAUUGAGUGACUUCGCUAACGAAAUAUUCUACCUCUGUAAAGAUCAACAUGGUUGUAGGUUUUUGCAGAGACAAUUGGAACUCAAUGGCGAUGUUGCAGCAACUAAAAUAUUCAAUGAAAUCCAAUUGAAUGUGAUUGAAUUGAUGAUUGAUCCAUUCGGUAAUUAUUUGAUCCAAAAGCUGCUAGAAAGAGUCGAUGAAACUCAAAGAACCACUUUGGUUAGAAAUGCUUCCACUCAGUUUGUCAGAAUUGCCUUAGAUCCUCAUGGUACUAGAGCUUUACAAAAAUUAGUUGAAUGUAUUUCAACGGAAGCUGAAUUUCAAAUCAUUAUCAACUCAUUGUCCUCUUAUGUUGUGUUGUUGAGUAGGGACUUGAAUGGUAAUCAUGUGAUUCAAAAAUGUUUGCAAAAACUACCGCCAAGCUAUUGUAACUUUAUUUUUGAUGCUGCAUGUGAAAACUGUGUUAAGAUUGCCAAACAUAGACAUGGUUGUUGUGUUCUACAAAGAUGUUUUGAUCAUGGUACACCAGUUCAGUGUGAACAAUUGGCACUGAAAGUGGGAGAAAAUGCUGUUGAAUUGAGUAUUGACCCAUAUGGUAAUUAUGUUGUCCAAUAUGUUUUAAGCAUGGAAGAGAAUAGACUAAGAAUUCAAAAUGAUCCACAAUCUAUCAACAAGAUUCCUGAUACUUCGAAAUCAAUUGAUUUCAUAAUUGCAGCAUUGGCUUCCAAUUUGACCAAAUUAUCUACGCAUAAAUUUGGCUCAAAUGUUAUUGAAAAAUCAUUGAGAAUUCCUACUUUAGCUCCGUUGUUGAUCCAAGAACUUCUACAAAAUCCUGAGAGUCUGAAACUCUUACUACACGAUGCUUAUGGUAACUACGUUUUGCAGACAUCAUUGGAUGUUGCCGAUGAUUCAAGUUUCAAAGAAUUGAGUGAGUUAUUGAAGCCAUACUUGAAUGACGUUCGUAAUACUCCUCAUGGUAGAAGAAUUUUAUCGAAACUAAUCAGCAGAGGUGGUAAUGCUGCAGUCUUUAAUUCUGGUUUGUUGAAUGGUGAGCCAUUUGACAAUUUCGAUGCAUCUCAAUCAAACAACAACAGUAUGAAUCUAUCCAACAACAAUAACAACAGCAAUAACAACAACAACAACCAUGGUCGUCGUCUGAGUCAUAUGCAUAAUCAUGGUCAUGGUCACGGCCACAACCAUAGUAGUCAGCAUAACAACAAUUCCAACAAUAAUCAUGUUUUUAACUCUGGAUACAACAUGAAUAAUAGAGUUAUGGCUAUGGAUCCACCAAUCAUUGCUGAAAAUAAUGAUACUAAUCAUAGUCAUAACAUUUCACUGGCUUUUCUGGCUGAACUUACAUCCGCUCUUCGCUUGAAUCCUGAGAGUCACAUUGAAAUCCAAACCUUUACGAGAAGUGUGACUUCAUAUACGGCAAUUUUUAACACUACAGAAUUCCGUCUAUGUUUGGGUAAUAUAAGCUCACACGAUACCAAGAUUUUUGGUGUCUCUGCGAGCGAUGUUCCGGCUAUUCAGGUUGCCAAGCCUCUAGGAUUAUCUGAGGAAGAGAACCGAUGUGUCUUCUCAUGUUUAAAGCAGCAGGAAAUAGAUUAUUUGGGUUUUUUCAGCGGAGAGGUUGAUCUUCUUAGAAUUGAAGAAGAUUUUCACGAACUUAAUGAUGAGUUGAUCACUUGGCGGGGAUCUUUUAGUUAA